AGCAAUCUCAUGAAAGGGUUCAGAUUUCACCCAACUGAUGAAGAACUCAUGGAGUAUCUUCAUAUCAGAACCUUCGACCGUGAUUCUCUCGUCCAAUUUAUUGCUGAAAUACAAGACAUCUGCGAUUUGGAGCCUUGGGAAUUACCUGGGUGCUCGAACUUUCAGACAGGAGAUCGAUCGUGGUACUUCAUGUACCCACCUAGAUACAAGUACCUAAACAGUAAACUGAUUAGCCGGACCACCCUGGAGGGGUAUUGGAAGCCUACUGGCAAUCCUCGUAAGAUAAUUAAUUCCGAAACCGGAUCACAGAUCGGCAGCAAGAGGACUUUGGUUUUCUAUGAAGGCCAAUGUAACAAUAAGAACAAAAACAAGACUUCUUGGGUUAUGCAUGAGUAUGAACUCAAGGCUACAGCUGAGUCUGAUCAAAACAUCCUAUACCCUAACAGGUCAGAAGCAUCCAAACACCAUGACGGCGCUCAUAACCGUUGCAGCGCUGUUGAGAUAUAUGCUAGAGGAAGAAGCAAUCAACAUAACAUGGUUAAUGAAGAUGAAGGCUCCAAUGUAUCAUCUAAUUUCAUAAAUCAUGUUGCAGAGUAUGCAAUUCUGAAAGUACCUUUACACCUUAAAGAGGUGCCAACGGAUCAAAAUGGACCCAAAGACGAUAAUAGGGUUCGAUGAGUCUUGCAAUUCAAUUCUCACUAACUAUGAUGAAACUGUCACUAAUGAAAGAAGCAAUCAACAUAAUAAAGUUGUUGCAGCCGAGGGCUUUGAAAUGCCUUCUAAUGAAAGAAGCAAUCAACAUAAUAAAGUUACUGCAGCCGAGGGCUUUGAAUGGCCUUCUAACUUGGAGUAUCUUGCCGAAGAAGACAUAAUUCCAACAGAACUGUUAUAUAAUGAUGGAUUAUAUAACAUAUUAUCAUCACUUGAUGUGUUAUUAGCAGCGCCAGAAGCAACUAAUAACUCGAAUUGGAUUCAAGAUCAAUAUAUCACCAACAAAGAACAUGGAGAGUUCUUGAAUUCAACUUUUUCUGAUAAAAAUGAAGCUUACCUUCAAGAAGGAGACAUGCAACUAGGACCGGCAGCUGACAAUGAAGGUUUUGGCUUGCCCUGCAUAGGCUCGAUGAUAGAAUCAUCAAAUUGGAUGGAGAAAUCUAGGAAAAGACCACAUUGAAUAUGAUGAUCCGUCUAUAGAAACUGUCGAGGCUCAACGUCGGGGGAGAA